AUGAACGACUGGAUCACAAAUUGUGUUAUGCAUCAUGGUCACCACGGAGGUGCGUCCGAUCGCCCUCUUCCAACAAGAUUGCUCGAUCUGGGACGACCCAGCCACGAGUCGAGCAUUGCACUUGUAGAGACGACUGGUAAGCGAGGACGUUACGUUGCUCUGAGCCACUGUUGGGGGAGUUCGCAACCCUUGAACACAACCCGAAAGAAUCUGCCAGCAUUGAAAGAGCGCUAUCAUUUGGAGCAAUUGUCACUCACUCUCAGAGAAGCAAUCACUGUGACGAAAGCCCUAGGAUUGCGAUACAUUUGGUGCGAUACCCUUUGCAUAAUACAGGACGACCAGGUUGACUGGGCGAGAGAAGCAAUGAAAAUGGCCACAGUCUACCAAGAUGCUGUAGUCACACUCGCGGCAACCGCAUCAAAAUCCUGUGAUGAGGGUCUCUUUCGACAGUGGCAUCAAUUCGAGGUUACUGGCCGUCUUCAAGAUAAGAAACUAUAUCGCUUUCUCUUUCGAAAAAGCUUCUUCCCUCAUGUUGACGACUUGUCAUACGAGGGGAAGAAAUUCGACGCUUUACAUCCGCUUUCGAGCCGCGCUUGGGUUCUGCAAGAACGCUUACUAUCACCAAGAGUUUUGCAUUUCACAUCAAACGAGUUGUUCUUCAAAUGCGUCAAGGAGGCUCGGUGUGAGUAUCGUGGCAUUACCAAGCUUGAAAAUUUCAUAUUGGCACCGAAGACGUUUAUACAUGAAGGGCCAAGUCAGGAGCUUACGAAUCGAUCGGUAAUCUGGAGAAGUAACAUUACGAUGUAUACACGACUGCAACUAAGCUACUCCACCGACAAACUGGUGAAGUUGGGCGGUUUAGCAAAACGGUUUGCACAGUCAGACGACGAGUACCUUGCUGGGAUCUGGAGCAAAAGAUCUGGCGUGGCUUACAAGAACCCUAAAGCCGUUGUGGAGAGCACCGUCAUGGUCCUGGGCAAGUGUAGAUGGCGCUGUUGA